CGAAAAUGGUUCAUAGAGAAAUGUUUUGACUUUAAAUUAUUUUUAUUACUGUUUGCUUGACUGAAAAUGCAUAGAUUUUAACUCAAAAACAUGCCUGGAGAUAACUGUUCCGUAGUUGGCUGUGGAACUUGCCGUAAAACCAAGGGAAUUGGAAUAUGGAAGCUUCCAGCACCUCGGAACGAAGCAUAUCGCAAAUGGCGCGAAGAUUGGCUCCAUGAGCUCAAGAAAUACAGAGUUACGGACAGUAACUUCCAACGACAGAUCGAAAAUGACAAAGUAUUUACUUGUGAAAAGCAUUUUCAUGAAAAUGACAUCGAAAUAACCGUAUCAGAGAAAAUGACAAAGAAAAGGCCGAAGUUUGGAGCACUUCCAUUGCUGAGCAUGCCACAGAAGAGCUUUCAAAAACAACCACCAACUCCCAGGCCUUUGAGAUCAAUUGUAAAGGAAGACUUCGAAGUUUCUGAUAUUUUGACCGAAAAGAGACAUUGCUAUAAAAGCUUCCAUGAAUUCUGUAAAAGAGCCCAGUCAUUGAAGAUUAUACAAGAGUGGUGUACUCAGGCCAAAGAAGACAGAAUGGUGUUCAGAAAGUCAAAUGAGUCCUCUGUUUGCUUACCACAACUGGAGUUGGUGGUCGAUGACAGUCUUGGGUUCACCAUUUUAGUUUAUGGUUGGUUACUACCAGAUGACCACAUACUUUAUACGAAGUAUUAUAGAUCAAUGAGAAAUGUUACCUUGAAUGAAUUGGUCAGAAAACUAACAGAGUCCUUCAUUAUUUGUCCUGGGAUUGAACAACCAGAACUGAACUCAAAUAUUAUUCACCAUGUUAUCCCAAUGUCAGUGGAUCCUUUGAACUGUAGUGAU